GCCUUUUUUACAAGCUUUUAUUUAGUUUCACCUGGAGGAUCCGUACGAAUUGCGAAAUCGAGAAGUUAGUGGCCGAACCCAAUAUCAUCGGUGAAACAAAAUGCCACAGAUUUCGCUGGUUCGGCUAUUUAUUGAGGAUGGGUGAGGAUCGAGGUGUUAAGAGAGCUUAUUGGGAACGACUGGUCGCCGUCCAGUGGGUCGGCCCAGAUACCGCUGGAGCGACUCAAAGCCGAUAACUGGCAGGAAGUGGCACAGGAUCGGGACAGGUGGCGUUUUCUCGUUUUGGAGGCCAAGACCCUCUUUGGAUCACUACGCUACAAAAGUUAGUUAGUUAGUUUGUUAUGGAUAUGAUCAGUCAAGCACAGUCAAACGUGACGUUUCUGAUUAAAGAAAUGUUACCUUUUGUGUUUGACACUGACUGAUCAUGUCCAUUAUAAAUCCAGAAUUCCAGAUCAAAUUUAUUACACUCAGAAUACGUUUCCGGGACUCCAAAUCAGAUUUAGGUAACAACUUGUUACGGUUUUGAUCUCAUUUUGAUACGACCUUGAAGAUCCCUCACGCUGAUUGGUGCAUGCGAAAUGAAGUGGAAGUCGUGUGCGAUGCACGCCGAUCACCGAGACGUCGUCGUAUCAAAGCCGGUUAAAGCUAUAACAACGUGUUAUAUUAGAAGCGAGCUCCGGGAGUCUGGAGCUACGCGCUACGACGCCACAGGUAUCCCAGUCGCGUCCGGCCUACGGCGUAGCACGCACGCCGCUCCCGCCGCGAUCGACUACGACUCCCGCUCAAAACUCGCUCCAGGAGAAAAUGUAACUUCGUUCAGUGACUUCGGUGAAUUGGAAUUCAAUUGUAACUGUCGACUAAUUAAUUUUGAGAGAUGGCCGAAGGGCGAUCGCGCGUGCAGCAAAACGACCUGCUGCUACACGAGGCCGUCAUCAAGAACGAACCCGAUGCCGUCCGCGAGGCUCUGAGGAGGCCUACAGACGUCAACUGUAGGAAUAAUUACGGGCGCGCCCCGAUCCACUGGGCGGCGAGUCGCGGCAACGUGGAGAUCGUCAAUUUGCUCAUCGACGCCAAAUGUGACAUCGAAGCUGCCGACAAGUUCGGCAUGCGACCUCUCCUGAUGGCGGCGUGGCACGGACACUUGGCGGCCGUGAAGACACUGGUCGACGCCGGCGCAUGUCUGGCUGCUACGAACAAGAAAAACAACGACGUUCUCCAAUGCGCGUGCAGUAGAGGAGCAACAGACGUGGCAGCAUACGCCAUCUCCCUCGGCGCCAAAGUCCAGAACACCGAUACUGCCGGAGACGCGCCGCUGGCGCUAGCGGCAAGAUCUGGACAUACAGCGACAGUGGAGUUACUGCUGGACAGUGGGGCGGACAUAGAUGCCGUUAAUAAGGCUGGGCGGACAGCAUUGCACGUAGCUUGCGAAGGCGGUCACUCGCAAACCUGUGCUCUCCUGGUGACCCGCGGAGCGGAUAGAGAGUUUAGAGAUCAGGCAGGCCGCACGCCCCUGCAUUUGGCUGCUGUACAUCGACAUACCGACUUAGUGAGGACGCUUCUGGACCACGGGUGCAACGUCGACUCCACUGACCAGAACGGGGUGACGGCGCUUCAGAUGGCUUGCGCGCAGGGCUGCCGUGGCAUUGUGGAGCAUUUGCUCGCCUUCAACGCCGACGUGCAUUUGCAAAAUAAUGUGGGAUCGUCAGCGCUGCACGCCGCGUGCGCGGCCGACGCCACCGACAUCGUUGAGCUCCUGCUGGCUCACGGUGCAGAUCCGGCCCUCACUGACCAGGUACGAUAGAUAGUGCCAUCGUUCAUCGGAACAGGGUGCCUAGCCAAGAUGCCAAUCGUUUUCGACGAAAUGAAGCAUACUCUAUAAUUUAUCUCUGUCCCACUAUUGUGGAAGAGUUAUAGAAAGAGAUUAGAGUAGAGAGAAGAGUUUACUACGGCGCAUACGAUUGGCAUCUUUGCUAAUGCUUAAUGGAAAAUGCGUAAGGUCCAUGACGACAAUUUAAGUGUUGCUGUUAGUAAAGAUGCUGACACCGCUGACUUCGUGGCUACUGGCUCAUAGAUAUUUUUUUCUUCCUCGCGUUUUCCCGGCAUUUUUCCACGGCUCAUGGGAACCUGGGGUCCGUUUGAAAACUAAUCCCAAGAUUUGGGGUAGGCACUAGUUUUUACGAAAGCGACUGCCAUCUAACCUUCCAACCCAGAGGGUAAACUAGGCCUUGUUGGGAUUAGUCCGGUUUCCUCACGAUGUUUUCCUUCACCGAAAAGCGACUGGUAAAUAUCAAAUGAUAUUUCGUACAUAAGUUCCGAAAUAUAAAUAUACUGGCUCAUAGAUAUGUAUUUUAUUUAUGUCCCAGCUACUAAAAUAUCAGUUCGAUUGUCAAAUCUGCUACCUUCUACACAAUGUUCGUCGGUCGGGUUUACUACUAAAUGACGGCAGGACGGGGCAAAUUGGGUGGUGAAUUACCUUCCUUGAAAAUAACCUCGAGAUCACCAAUGAGGUCCCUAAUAGUUAUAAGUUGACUGAAGUAAAGGUCCAUACCGAGCCGAGCCCCUUCCGUGUCGAACUAAUAUUUAAUAGAGAAUUUCAGUUCCUGUAAAGUUAAACAUGGCCUUGUUGCAAAUUACUACCCAAAGCUAAAUUACUAGAUAUAUAGUUUGACAUGUAUUCCAUUAUUUCUUUUUAGUUUUCUUUUUCCUUUGCUUCUUAAUUUUUAAUUUCAUGGUAAUUUUGAAUUUGUUUUGUUUUUUGGAUAAUUAUUAUUGACAUUUUGUAAUUAUAGUCAACACCAAUAGUAGCGAUGAAAAAACGCGCCAGAAGUAUCUGUAACCGUGGUAUAAUCUUCCAAGUAUAUCUUUAGGUAUCUCUUUCUGUACAGGCGAAGUAUCUUUCACGGUCUAAUUCAUCUACAUGCAGAAACAUAUGUCUUCGUGUUAUUAGAGAAUUGUAGAUACUUUUGACACGCAGUCUGAUAUUUUGUACAUUUUACAUUACUGAGAUGUUCCCGUAUCAGUUGCAAAGUCUCGCCGCUUUUAUGUAUCACUUCCUGAGAGAAACUUUCGUGAUAAAAUGUUGCGCGCUCUCAACGGGGAUUUCAAACUUGCUCGCUCUCGAGUCGCGACACACUUCAAACGGAUAGAAGGGGAUUAGGUUUCGCAUAUUACGUGGAUCUUCACUUUGUUAAUAUGAUGAUUAUAAUAAUUUCAUAGAAUAUAAAUUAAGAGGACAGUAGACGACCUGGGUAUUAGGUAUUAUAGAAAUAAAUUCUACACAAUGUAUUAAAUCAAUAUGAUAUCAAUUAUACAAUAGCUUUGCCUAUUCGUUUAACCUUGUUUGACGACCGGUUUGGCCUAGUGGGUAGUGACCCUGCCUACGAAGCUGAUGGUCCCGGGUUCAAAUACUGGUAAGUAUUUGAACCCGGGACCAAACCGGUCGUCAAAAAUAUAAAUAAACAUGCAUAAAUACACAAUACAUAGUGUGUUUGUUGUUAGUUCCACUAAAGUAGAUAAAAUUUCGAUGCCGAUGUGACAAGUUAUCAACAGGCAACCUAUUAGGACGAAGCCAGACGAGCGUAAUUUUUGAGUUGUGAGUCGCGUAAUUUCGGUUGCUCAAUUUCUGCUGCAUUCGGUUCCAUACAAAAUGACUGUUUGGUUCACACGGCGACACAAAAUACAUUGUCUGCUGAAGGUACGCAGCUCUAAAACUCACAAAAUUACGCAGCUCAAAAGUCACAAAACUACGCUCGCCUGGCUUCACCGUUAGUAACUACGACCCUGAGAGCCAUCACCGAUCCAUCUCCCGUGGCCUGUCACUUCUCGCUGUGAUCUAUGAUAUUCGACACACUAUCCCCGACGUCAGAUGAGGUUGGUUAUGCGUGAAACUAAGGGAUAAUAUGGUGACAUUAACGUAUAUUUAUCAUGAAGCGUUGGCAUAUGUAUGUAGGGGAAGCCGAGGUAAGUUGAAACAGCGUCAAUUUUGGGUAUUUAUAAUCGUUUGAGGCAAGGACGCAUAUUGAGGGAGCAGCGGACGGCGGGACGAGGUUAAACAUCGUAGGCAGCAACAGUUAGGUAUAGAUGUCUCAAAAUUGACGUUGUUUCAAUCUACCUCUGUUCUAACUCACCUUGGUCUCCCCUAGACUGGUUUGUGUUUCUCUAUUAUGUACGCAUUUUACAAACACUAAGUAAAUAUACUUAAAUAUAAAGCUCAAUUAAAAUUUAAACUUUUGUGACAUAAUCUCUCUAAAACAAAGCAUAGUUUCUUCAUAGCAACUUAGUUUUCAGCAUUUGAUUACAUGACUCUGCUCUUUGCCCUCAGAAUAUUAUUGUCUUUGUAUCAACUGACUAAAGAUAAGGACGCUUUUACUAAUCCGAUAAUCGAAGAUCUUGGUCCUAUUCCCAAUUGUUACGCCAGUGUAGGCGAAUCGAGUUUCUGGUUGACUUCGGUACAGUACGAGUGAACAAACGGUUAUAAAUAAAAAGAAUAUCGCAAUCAAAAUUCCAAAAAAUAUUCUGCAAGUAGGUCUCAAGUCUCAAAGGAUGUUUCACAAUUAUCUUAAUUAGUUUCAAUAUACCGACGUUUUGAGGGUUCCAUAGUCAACUAGGAACCCAUAUAGUUUAGCAAUUCCCUUUUUGUUCCGCGGUUUUGCUCCGUGAUCGUGUGGGCUAAAAAGCUGAAAUUUUUCACGAAUAUUUAAAUCAGUUACGCCUACAAAGUCGU